CAAUUCUCGGCGUCCCCAGGCCCUUCUCUGCCUGCACCUUCCCCUCCCCCGUUCCGUGGCUUUCCGUUCGCCGCCUGCCCCGCCCCCGUUGCCCCUGGCGGCUCUUUGUUGACUUCCGGGAGCUGGGGCGCGCGCUCCCCCGCCGAUGCCCGGAGCUGCGCCAUGGGGACCGUGGGGGCCGCCGACGAGGAGGACGGGGCGCAGCCCUAGACCGUGCCGAGCCGCCCCCGACAUGGGGGAGCCUGAGGAGCUGGUGCCGGAUUCAGGUGCUGUUUUUACUUUUGGAAAAAGCAAGUUUGCAGAAAAUAUUCCCAGCAAGUUCUGGUUAAAAAAUGAUAUACCUGCAUAUCUAUCAUGUGGAGAUGAACAUACUGCUCUUAUAACAGGAAACAGUAAACUCUACAUGUUUGGCAGCAACAAUUGGGGCCAGUUAGGAUUAGGAUCAAAGGCAACAAUCAGCAAGCCAACUUGUGUGAAAGCUUUAAAACCUGAAAAGGUAAAAUUUGCUGCAUGUGGAAGGAACCAUACCUUGGUAUACACAGAAGAAGGAAAUGUAUAUGCAGCUGGAGGUAAUAGUGAAGGGCAGUUGGGACUUGGUGACACUGAAGAGAGAACUACUUUUCACCUAGUCAGCUUUUUUACAUCCCGAUACAAGAUUAAACAGCUUUCUGCUGGAUCUAACACUUCAGCUGCACUAACUGAGGAUGGGGACCUUUUUAUGUGGGGUGACAAUUCUGAAGGGCAAAUUGGUCUAGCAGAUGAAUCUAAUGUGUGUGUCCCUUGUCAAGUGGCCAUUGGAAAAUCUAUCUCAUGGAUCUCUUGUGGAUAUUACCAUUCAGCCUUUGUAACUACAGAGGGUGAACUCUACACAUUUGGAGAACCAGAGAAUGGAAAGUUAGGUCUGUCACCUGAGCAACUGAAAAAUCAUAGAAUUCCCCAGUUGGUUCUUGGAAUUCCUGGAAAAGUGAAUCAAGUGGCUUGUGGUGGAGGGCAUACAGUAGCUUUAACAGAGGAAGAAGUAUAUACAUUUGGCCUUGGGCAAUUUGGACAAUUAGGUCUUGGUACUUUUAUAUUUGAAACCUCAGAACCAAAGGUUAUUAAACAUCUUCAGAAUCAGAAAAUUCAUUAUAUUGCAUGUGGAGAAAACCAUACUGCUUUAAUAUCAGAUACAGGCCAUAUGUAUACUUUUGGAGAUGGUCGACAUGGAAAAUUAGGACUUGGACAGGAAAAUUUUACUAAUCAAUUUGUACCCACGUUGUGCUCUAAUUUUUUGAAAUUUGUAGUCCGUCUGGUUGCUUGUGGUGGAUGCCACAUGCUAGUUUUUGCUACUCCAAGGCUCAACAAAUCUGAAGAAAUUACAGAAGAAAAAGUAAACGAUAGUGGCCUCACUGUAGUUUCUUGUCUUGGUGAUGAUCAGCCUUUAGGAAACACCUUGCAGAGAUCAUUAUCUGCAAGGUCUCGGAGAAGAGAAAGGGAAAAUUCACCAGAACAACACGGUCGAAUGAUAAGAACUUUACCCCCAUUGGAAGUUCCUUUUAAACCGCCAGUACAAGCCUCCAACAAUACAGUUCCUCUCAGGUUCCCUGUAAACAAUCAUUCUGAUGGAAAUAUAAAUAAUGAAAAUGAGAACCUACAAGUAGCUGAAGCAGAUGAGCCAAUUCAAGAGAAAGAAAAAAGUAGUUCUUCAGCAGAAGAGUCAGAACCUGAAAACGAUCAGAGAAGUCUUGGAGACACUACUGAUGUUCUAAAUAUGACACAUAUGAUGAGCCUGAAUCCCACUGAUCAAUCUUUAAGAUUGUCCCCAAUUCAAAAACAAAAGAAUCUUGAAACAACCAAGAAAGAGGAGAAACACGAAACUUAUACUGAAAACAAUUCUGAUACCGAAUGUGAAAAAGGUAGUGGAGUUGAAGAGAUGUCAGAGACUAGCAAAGAGAGGCAGACCCAGAAUGAGUCUUUGGAGGAGGAGGAGCAAACAACAGAAGCUAAGUCACCUUCAGUCGAGAAUAUAAAUAGUGACUUAGCUGAAUUUGUACCAAAAGCAAAUCCUGAUGAAGAAAUUUCAAAGACAGAGACACUUAAAAGUGAAGAUGAGUUAAUAAAUACUGAUGAGAGCUAUUGUCACAAAUUAGUGGAGGAGGAAAGUGAUGAAGGAAAUAGUCUAAAGAAUUUAGAAACCAUAGAAAUGGCUUCUGACAAUGAAGUAGAGCAAGACCUGACUCAGCAACUAGAAAGUCUAAAGGAUGAAGGGAAGGAAAGAGAGAAUUUAGAAAAAAAUGAUAAUAAAUCCUCUAAUGGUCCACAGGAUCAAGACAUAAAGGAAGAACUUCCUCAGAAUGAACCUAGUGAGACAAGUGAAAUUAAAAUUAAAGAUGAAGAAAAUGAAGGCUUUGUUGAAGAAUUUAUAAAUGAGAAAGAAGAUAAAAUCUCUGACAAUGAAAAAGAAUCUGUAGAAGAGUCAGAAAAUAACGAGGGUGAAAAUGCUAGUGAACAGGAUGUAGUUGAGAAUUUUAAGGAAUUUCAGUCAAAUAAGGAAUGUUAUAAUGAAGAAAAAGAAGUUAGUGAAAAGAUAGAUGACCAGCUAUGUAACCUAGAGGGUGAUGAGGAAGAGAUUGAGGAACAGGCUGAAGAGGAAAAAAUAGAAAUAAAUGCCAAAGUGGAUGAUGGAGAUGGCCAAGUGAUAGAGACUCAGGAAGGAGAAAAGAUGAAGGGAGAAGAGGCAUAUAAGGAAGAGGCAGAGGAGAUAGAGGAAGAAGAGGCAGAGGAAGAAGAGGCAGAGCCAGAGGAGGAAGAGCCAGAGGAGGCAGAGGCAGAGGCAGAAGCAGAAGCAGAGGCAGAGGCAGAGGCAGAAGCGGAGGGAAAGGCAGAGGCAGAAGCAGAGGCAGAGGUAGAGGCAAAGGCAGAGGAAGAAGAGGCUGAGGCAGAGGAGGAAGAGGCAGAGGCAGAGGAGGAAGAGGAACAUGAAGAAGCUUUGGCUUCCUCAGUCGAGGAAAAUAUGGCUAUAAUUGAAGCAGAAGAGGAAGAAGCAGAGCAAGAGACAGGUGAAAGAGAGGAAAAUGAAGAGGAUCAAAAGGAGUCAAAUGAAGAAAGCACAACACAAGAAACAGAUGACAAAGGCAUAGAAGCUAAUAAUGAAUCUACAGAUGAAGAGAGUAAAGAAAUGCCAAAGGAAGAGGAUGUCAAAUCAGAGAACCACAACGAAGAAUACACAGAAGGAGCCAAUGACCCUGUAGCUGAAAUCUUUGAAAAGCAAGAAAAACUUGAGCAAACUGAACCAGCCAUUCUGGAAUGCAAUGAAAGUCAGAAAGGAAAUACAAAUGAACGGAUGCCACGCAAUUCAGAAGUCCAGGAAUAUUUUAUAGUAGCCCCAAAUAGACUUCUUAAAAAAUCACGAACGGUUUCUCUUUUUAAGAGGAAAUCAACGUCAAGUCAAAAAGUGCAGAGUAUUCUGGAAGCAAAACCUAUGGCUGAGCCACUCGUAGUUGUAGAAGCAAGACCAAUAGGAGAUCAAGCAAAUGUUAGGAAAGAGAGAAAGGAUGAAAACCAAAACCACACAGGGCAGAACCAUAUGGAACCUUCAUCAUCUAAUCAGGAGAGAAAGUCAAAGUCAUGUACAAUUCUAUAAAUACAUAUUUAUUGUUUGUGGUCUCUA